UCAAAUACACAGGCUCAUACUGUCGGGUUGACUCUCUCAGUACAACAGAAUUAUUAGAAGUAAAAAUGGAAUCAACAGAUAAAGAUCUGAGAAUUGUUGUCGUGGGAAAAACUAGAGCUGGAAAGAGUUCAACAGGAAACACUAUAUUGGGUGAAGAGCAUUUUAAGAAGGGUUUUGGACCACAGUCAGUUACUAAAACCUGUGAGAGAGGGGAAGUGGUGAGCGGAGACAGAAACAUCUCAGUAAUCGACACUCCAGGCAUGUUUGAUACUCAAAUGCCAAAAGAGGAACUGAGGGCUGAGAUAGAGAAGUGCAUGUACAUGUCUCUUCCUGGUCCUCAUGCAUUUCUGCUGGUCAUCAGACUGGAUGUGGGAUUCACAGACGAGGAGAGAAACCCAGCAAAAUGGAUGCAGGAGAACUUUGGAGAAGAUGCUGUUCAUUACACCGUCAUUCUGUUCACUCAGGCUGAUCAUCCGACAGGUAAAUCAUUGGAUGAGUAUAUCAAUAGUAGUGUUGACCUCAGGGCUCUUGUUGAUUCAUGUGGUGGCAGAUAUCACUCAUUCAAUAAUGAGGACAUGGGGAACCGCUCUCAGGUCACAGGACUGCUGGAGAAGAUUGAGAAGAUGGUGGAGGAGAACAAAGGACAGCAGUAUAUGAAUGAGAUUUAUGAACAAGCCCAGAUCCAAUGUGAGGAUUUUAAAGACAUGGGGAAAACAAUGCUAAUAGCAAUAGGAGCAGGUGCAGUACUUCCAGUAGCAAUGUCAGCAGGAGGAGUAACAGCACUGACAGGAAUAGGAGCAGUGUUAGCGACAGUAAAAGAAAAACUGGGGCUAUAGGGCACAGCUAUUCCCAUUCAGUGACAAAAGAAGAUCUUAAUAAUCUGUAAACUUGAAGGCACAUGUAAAUUCAGUCUGAAAUGUUGCAUUGAGUUGUUUGAGAUAAUUACACAUUUCCCUGCUGAGUACAUACAGUACACACUGAUUAUUUCACCCCACUACAAUGUCUUAAAAGUAUCUAUGUAAUGAACUUUUUUUCAACAGAAGAACAAAACCAUUGCAUGGAUAUAAAUGACAAAGAAAGACAAAAAUCAUAAAAGUGUAAAACAUCCCUACACACACACAGGUGACACAUGGCCUUCUGGAAAGUGAAUGUGAAAAUAUAAUUCACUGAGCAUGAUCAUUAGUUUUAUUUACAGGUAAAAACAGUGUAAAUCUACAGUUUGUCCAAAUUUAUACAUUCGUGUGUGUGAGAGACUCCUGUAAUGAAGAUGGGUCACAGCCUUCUAAUGAAGAAAAUCGGAUCUCUUAUCAGACAGACUGACAUAACUGAUGUGCUCAUUGAGAGGCAAUAGUCUGCAUUAUUAAUACUCAGAUUAUCUUACACACACACACACACACACACAC